UUGCAGGUGUUUUUUCAAAUAUAAAUGUGCCCCAAAUCUCAUUAGAAUUUUCGAGAAAAGGUUUAAUGUUGGACUGAAGAGUUCAGUCUGGACAAACAAAAAGCUUUCCAACAAAGACAGGUUACUGUGUGAAAAAUAGCGUGAAAACAAACACAUGGCGCAGAUGACUUCCUUUCAGGGGCCAACAUCCCUUUAAAAUCCUCAUGCAGCCUUUCAGACACGCAACUACAAACACACGCAUGCACUUCCCACGCGCGCACGCCCACAGGCGCGCACACGCAAGCAGAGAGGCUCAGAGCCACAGCAGCAGCUUCCCUCAUUGUGCUCACAUGCAGCAGACUCAACACUUCCUGUUUGCUCUCCCAUGAGUCUCUCUGUGUUUUCUUUCUUUCUUAUUUUUGGUGAAGCGUAAAGGAGCGCAGCUCCAGCAACCACAGAUCUGACUCCUGCUUCCCAGGAUGAUGAGGCUUCAACCGCCGACAGAAAUGAAUGAUUGAAUGAACGACGGACCUGAACUAUUCGUCACUCACCUGCGGAGCGGAGGAGAUGGAGACGGAGCAUUGAGCUGCAGAGCCUGAGUGAGGAAGAUGCAGCACACCUCGUGCACAGAGGAUCGGAUCCAGCAUGCUCUGGACAGGUGUCUGGAUGGGCUGAGACAAAGUCCCACAGCAGCGCACCACUGGAAUGUGCUGAUGUGCUCAGCCGGCCAGUCAAUGAACCGCUGGAGCUUAGAAGAGUUGGUGAAAAGAGAUCCUGAAAACUUUCUCAUCCUUUUACAACAAAUCCUCAGGAAGGCAAAAGAGGUUCAGGAGCAGUGCCAAUAUGAGCUGGUUGCUCCGCUUGCCAUCAUGUUCUUAUCUACCCUGCUGCAGACUCCGUACCUUCCUCCAGACACAGAUCUCCUGGAAGAAGCCAUUAAGGUGUUUUACAUCUUUCUCACCUGGCCUGAACCUUACUGCAGUGUGUGCAGAGACCUCCUCUCCACAUUACAGCUAGAGAUGAAAUCUCCAGGAAUUUCAUUUCAGAGACUGGUGAGGGAAGAACAAGGCCUCAGGACUUCUAGCCAUAGUUCAAAAACUAUAACUGUACUGCUGAUGAACCCGGAUGAGGUUCCUCAUGAAUUUCUUUCCGUGGCUGAGCAGCUCAGCCACGUUCAGCACUCCCAAAGAGAAACCUACACCACUUUGAUAAAACACGCCUUCCAGUCGGCGCUGGGCACCAAGUAUUCCCUGCACAGCAUCCACAGAGCCCUGCAGGCAAAAACUGAAAGUGAACUGGCGAAUACUUAUUCUUUGAUGAGUGGCAUCCUGGAGAUGGCUGCUGUCAUGAGUGACCCACAAAAGGCACGCAAUCACAUCAUCAAAGAACUGGAGGAACUGAGCAGGAGUCUGGAAAUUUCUGCGUCCAACGGUCGAAGUUCGGAUGGAGUUCUGAAGACUUUACCGUUGCCAACAGCCAAAUGCUACAUGUUCCACUGGGAAAAAGAUAACUUUGAUGUUCUGAACACCCUUCUGGAGCCUGACUUUGAUGAUUUGGCCUUCAGUGGGAGGGCCACAGAAGAGAAAGACGAUGAGUUUGAUGAUGAGCAGGAUGCAACAGGAACUGAUGAUGAUAAGGAGGACAAAUUGGAGAAAGAUGAAUUGUCUUCGAUGUCCAUUAUGUCUUAUGACUGCUAUGGCAGCCAUCGUGCUUCCACUCUUUCCUCCCUGUCUACCACCUCUAAAGACUCCAUGUUCUCCACUUUGUCAGUGGCCUCUGAGUCCUACCCUGCCUCCCUGUUCUCCGUUACUUCAGUAGACAGCGACUACUGUGAAGAUUCGGACGACUACAAUAGCUCCUCUCCCACUCAUGAGAAAUGUUCUCCAAAGUCGGGGAAAAGCCCAGGUCGUCUCAGCCAGCACUUUUACAGACUCUUCAACAAACCCAAGUGCCCUCGUCAGCUUUCCCGAGCAAACAGUUUGGGAAACACUGUAUCGAGUGACCUUUCGGCUGUACGAGAGACUCGGUCCAACUCUCUGCCACAGCAAGUCAAGCUGUGCAUUUCAGAGCCUUCAAAUAAACCCUCCAAUCAGGCUCUUAGACAUGUCUGCUUCCGAAGGAGGCCCAUUCUGAGCAGUGAUGAGGAUGAUAAGGAUGUAACACUGAGGGUGGUGGUGUUUGGUGCUGAUCACGUAGCUGGAAAGGUGGCACGAGCCUACAGCAACCUGAGGAGGAAAGAGAGUACCUGUCCACAUCUCAGCAGAGUCUUUAAACUUCAGUUCUACUUUGUACCUGUGAAGAGGGACUCUGUGGUAGGAGCAGGACACCGGAGAGCUUCAGGUCCUUCCAUUCAAACAGGAUUUCAGAAAGGACUAAAUCUGUCUUAUCAGGACAUAAACCCGUCUGAUGUCGGGGACAGCACUAAUGACAUUGCACAUCUCCUUGGGAUGCUGGAUCCGUGGUACGAGAGAAACACCCUCAGCCUGCUUAAGCUGCCCAUCAGCGUGGUCUGCAAGCAAACCUCAAAAACAGAAUCAAAGUCCUACGACAGUUCCUAUGAGCAGCGUCUCCCCAUCCUGGCUGAUUUGGUGCUAUACUAUUGUCGCUAUGCAGCCCGGAAGACUUUAAUCCAGCUGUACCAAGCAGAGCUGACAUUAGCUGGUGGAGAGAAGAGGACCGAGGUGUUCGUUCACUCGCUGGAGUUGGGUCACACCGCAGGAACACGGGCCAUCAAGGCCAUGGGUGCUGCCAGUAAACGGUUUGGCAUUGAUGGUGACAGAGAGGCAGUGCCACUAACACUGGAAGUGGUUUACAACAGGGUGGUAAUCAGUGGAAGAAGCCAGUGCAAAAGAGAAACUAAAGUUUGCACCUCAAUGAACUUAAUCAAAGCAUGUAAGAAUCCUGAGGAACUAGACUCAAAGAUGGAGUGCCUGCAGCUCACCAUGACUGAGGUGCUAAAGAGACAAAGUGGCAAAAGCAAGAAAGGCUACAACCAGUGCCUGAACACAACUGAAGUGAAGGUUGACAAAGUGCAGGUUAGUGGGGCGAGAAACACAACAUUUGCUGUGUGUCUGGACCAGGACGAGAAGAAGAUAUUACAGAGUGUCACCAGGUGUGAAAUAUCUGUGUGCUACAAGCCUGACAGCUCAACCGACUGGAGGCUGAGAAAGUCCCAAACCACAGCUCAAAUUCAGCCGAUCAACUCUGCCUUUUGCUCCCUUCUGUGUCUGCCCAUAGUGACCUUCAGUGGGGCCCUUCCCUGAAAUGGCUGACUGCUUAAGUCCAUAGACUUGAAAAAAAACAAAGGUCUAAAGACGAAGAGCAUCUUUGGUUAAAUUUUAUAUCUCGAAACUGUCAAAAAGAAGAAAUUGAAAAGGAUUCUGGUGGAUUUUUUUUUUUAAACACGCUUGAGAGUUGCAGAUGACUUCCAGAUCUUUCUGUCCUGACAGUAACAUUAACACACACAAAAAGAGACCGAUGACAUCAAAGAGGGACAGAGGGUUAACUCUGGGGACGCUGUUAGAAAUGUUCUAAGUCAAAAUGCAUCAUUCACUGUUAUCAAGGGAACCUUUCGAGUUUUAUUGUUGAGGUUUCAAGUAUAUAUAUAUAUAUUUUUGAGUCAAUGAAACUGACUUUAGGCACAUUGCAAUUAAAAUUGUUAAUGAGGGUAAAUGUUCAGAAUCUCAGGUAAAAUGAUGAGGAAACUUGUAAUAUGUUAGUUAUCUUUUGUUGACGUCUGUAACCAAUAGAGAAGAAAGAUCUUUUUUUAUGUAAAAUAUUUUUUCUUAAAUUAUCUUACAUGCUAAUGGGCACUGAAAUGUGUAACAUCUCUUUGGAGCAGUUAAUAGAUUAUGAAGAUAUAUUAGAAUAUCUGAGAUUGCACACUAUAGAUGUACAAAAUGUAAAUUUUAUUGAAUACUUUAUUUUUAACAACACUGUUAAGUCAGCCUGUUUGUAUUUUGUUAUUUUGUCUAUGCAAAGAGCUCCACUGAUUUUAAAAGUGCAACUGCAGUUAUAAGGAUGACCAGCAGGGGGCUCUGUUGAUCUGUGACCUUAACUUGAAGCCAGCACGAAGCAAGAAUUGUACAAUUUGACUUGACCAAUACUUUAUUCUAACAUAGAUUUAAAAAGAGUAAUAAAAAUAAGUUCAUAUAAACGGCACGUUGAUUUAUAGUACUGUUUUUGUUUGUCCAUUUUCUUGUCAUAAUAAAUGCACUUAAAAUAAAA